CGAGGGUCUUCAUCCCUAAUCCACGAUAAUGAUAGCACAUAUCAAUCUACCAACAUCAACACUGUGAAUGUGUAUCUCGACUCACUUUCUUAUCCAUCUUUGGACAGUCAGCGAAGAUCUACGUGGCAUUUUCCAGCUCACUGAGGCGUACCUCUCUCAAUGAAUCCUAGCGAGCAUUUGACCCUUCUUCACUGCUGUCCCAUCAGACAAGCAUUAUAACACUACUUGCUUUGUUUGGGCUUGAGUAGUGCCACAAGACCAGGUGCUGGUCCAGCACCGUUUUGUUUUCAAGUCACUUAGCUUGACCACUAUUUCUACUUUCCUGCUUUGUUUCUGAACCUACUCGCAAGUUCCUACGAACAUGACUAAGCUCAGAGAGAUGUCCUCUGGGGUAGUUGUCAUAGUGCCAAUCAACUCUGGGUCUGACGGCGAUCCAACGGUGCAUCCAAGUUACGCGACUCACACACCAGUCGACCCUCCAACGCUCUAUCUCGAAAAGAUCGGGCAAUUAUGGAUGGAAACCAGGGGGCAAGCUCAACGCGGCGUUACAUACCGGCUUGAUCGGCUGCCUCAUGGCUACACCCUGUGGGAGAGACCCCGUCCUGGUCACCCGAAGCAUGUAGACAAAUGGCUAUUUGGAGGCCCCCGAGGCAAAUUCGACUCGCCUAACAGGUAUUACCCACACUUUCUGCAUUUGAUGGAAACUGGAGGCAGUAACAUCGGCUGCCCUUGUACUCUCUGUUCCGGUAGCAAAGGUGUUCUAGGUGGCGCUGCCAAUCGUUUCGGCAGUUCCCCGUCUAUCUCGACUUCAGCAUCAGCCGCCAAGCCAUCAAUGCCCAUGACAAGACGUCCGUUGGAACCCACUACUUCUGCGUAUUUUAAGUCUGUCGAGCGACCCUCGAAGCUACCCUUUGGCCGGACCGCCCAAGUGGACGACGAAGGAACCCCUGAUGUGUACCGCAACUUGAUUGAUGACCUACAGCAGCGAGGGAGCAUUGAUGAAGACAUAACGGAGACCCUAUCCAUGGAUUGGCGCGCUGAACGGGCGCUUACACUCGAGUGGUUGCGUACUACCAACCUUAGGCCUCCAUGGAUGCCACGAAUCGGGGAUGUUGUGUUAUUUCUCAGGAACGUCACACCAGGCGAAGAAGUGCAAUACGACGAAGAACGUAGUGUGUAUCGUGUGUAUGAUACAGGCACCGAAAAAUUUAUUCGUCCGGCGAAUUGGGAGGCUGGCGUUGUCUCGCAAUCCGUUCAUCAUGACAUAUCUAUUCCGAUCGCAGAUCUUAUUCAUGAACCAGCAGAAAAGCAGGAGUGGAAUGUCAAUUACGCCGGGUUACGUGUGGAACCCUUACCCGAACUCGGGAGCAAGGAUAAAACCUUGUCCAUGCAGCAUAAAUAUGUGUACCUGCAUCAAGUCCGCCCAUUCAUCUUCUGGAGAGAGUUUUUGAUAAAUGUGCCGGAGCACGAAUGGCACCCAACAAUCCAUCACGCGAUAACGCUUAUGUCGACAUUCUCGCUCGUUGAAAAAUUUCGAUUCAAAGGGACUUGGCCCUCAGCCUCGGUCUACUGCGAAGGAAUGUAUAUCAGUUCAGAACUCAUACUGGUAGGAGACACGGUUCGCCUCCUACCCGAAAAUUCAGGCGCUGAGGUCACAGAUGUACUGAAAAUCAGAUCUAUUCAGCUAACCUUCACUGGACUUGACCAAGCCAGUAAAGACGAUUAUGAUGACGGCCGUCCGUACCAAUCUACCGUAUUUAUAUUCGGUACAGGGUACACAUGGCGUGACGAGAGAUGGAUCCUGAAGCAUGAUCUUAGUAGGAUGCUGAAAGUGUCCUUCAACCGUAUCCUAGGUCGACAUUAUGAGAACGAGGCAAUGAAUCUAUGGUUUCCUGGAGGAGACCGCGUUCUCGGUAAAGGUCGGAAAGGCAUGGAAUCGGCACGAAAACAGGCUCGGCUCAAUGAUAGCCGCAUCAAAGAUGGGAAACAAUGGUACUGGGCAGAAUCGAGGAACGAUGCGCUUGACCUAAAGAUGUUCAACGGGCAAGAUGUUGUCAACCCAGAGCGUGACCCAAAAGAAUGGCGGAAAUUGAUCAAAGUUAUGGAAGGGGUAGCAGGAGAGCGGGAGCGAAUGGAAGUCAUACAAAAGGCUAAAGCGCAGAGAUCUCUUCGCAACUCGAUCGGCAUGUUUACGUACGAUCCCAGGCCUGAGAGCGAUACAGACGGCUUUGAGAGCGGACCUCAAUCACGCAAGAGAACUCAUAGCAUGGUGUCGCGAGACGAAGACCUAGCUGAUGGAGAGCAGCCAGAAUUGAGCAUUGGCGCCCAGUCAGAUGUCGCAGACGAACAUGACAUGGAACUGGACCGUUUCGUUGACGACGCUAUGGAGGAACUGUCGAGCUAAGGUAUGGAUCUUGACGAUGAAGGUGAUGGUGUGGUUCAGACGGUGGACUUAUUAUCGGAGUGGUUCGGUGGUUGAAGGUUCGAAGUUACCAGUCACCGCACCGCACGUAAACAAGAUGGCGGGAGCGGGAAGCCGAAAGCUAGUGCACGAGGUCCACCUAAAUGUCGCUAUAUUUG